AUGAAGUUCAUCCUGUUCGCUUUGUGUGGAAUGUUAUACGCGUCGUUACAACAACCGAUAAAUGCAGCGGAUGCAAGCAUGCUAGCGGAUGAGGAGGAAAAGUUGGGCGACCGGGGACCGUUGCUGGUCGAUAACUAUAUUCCCGUAACGAUGCAAAUAUUGCACCACUGCAUCGAGAUGAUACAGUACGAGCCAACGAUGACACCACCAACGAUGGUUGCGGAGGUGGAGAAAAAUCCCACCACUACCACGCGACGACCUGCCACAACAACGGCCCCAACAUCGCCAACUUCUACCAUGAAGUCCCCGGAAGAAAGCCCAUUGUCGACGGCUAGGCCCGCAGAUACAACACUGUUCCCCACUAGUCCGCAUAAACCGGGCUAUUACGGACCGGAGAAACCUCCACCAACAGUUGUGAGCACGGUGGAGAAAACAUCCACAACCAGCACUACGACGACAACCGAGACGCCUAAGGUGAACGAAAGUCCCACCGCCGCUAGUUUGCUGUGGAGCGAUAAACCGUUCGCGGAAUGGUUCUUGCAAAACAAGCGCAAACAGAUGCAGCAAAGCUCCUUGCUGGACGUACAGUUCCUGGAUCCGCUACCGCUGAAGGUGCUGCAGGAGUUCAACCGGGAACCGUAUGAACCGCUUGCCCUGCGGCCGGAAGAUAACGCCAACGAGUUCCGCCGUCUGUAUGACGAUACUUAUCGUGGACCCAUCGCAGUGCACGUGCUGGAGAAGGGCACCAAGAAGGGUGGCAAGAAGCGUAUACCGCCAACGAAACCCUACCUGCACAUGCUCGUGCUGUACGAUCUCUUGAAGCGCGAGGCGAAGAAAAACAUGUACAGCAUCUAUGAGGGUUAUUCGGAGGCUAUUCUAAAUGAAUUGGAACAGAUGAGUUUCCCGACCGCAAAGGACCAGCUACACUACGCUCUAACUCAACUGUUGGAACGAAAGGACAUCGAAAAGUCGGACGUCGUUUCACGUUCGAAACAGAUGAUUACUGACUUAAACACACGCAAUAGCGCGAUAACGAUGGUGUUGGAAGUGGUGCCACCGCUGCAGUUUGGAUUGUGA